AUGGCGGCGGCAAGCAUACCACACAAACCAAAACGCUUACCUGAGAUGGAGGAUCACAGCGACAUUCAACAGCGCAUAGAUGCAGCUUUUGCCCGAUUCUGGUACAGGCUGGGACAAAGGCUACAAGCGCCAAUGGCAAACAAGCAACCCCAGCCAGCUGCGAGCGGACUGAACCGAACCCACGGAGUGUGGAGAAUGGCACCACCACAAGGGCAGCCAGGCCGCAAGACUGGAUCGGGGAACGCAGGAAAGAGGCACCCCACUCCGGGCACAGCAACUACCCCCAAGACAACCGC